AUGGAGAUAGAAAAUCCUCUCUUGGAACCUCAGAGCCGGUUACAUAAGCACCAGCUGGAUACUGGGGAUGAGAGGUUCAGGAGCCACUGGUGCUGCGCUGAGACGCUUCAAAGCCUUAUUAAGAAUGUCUGGAUCCCCAUGAAGCCUUACUAUACCCGAGUUUACCAGGAGAUUUGGGUAGGAGUGGGGUUGUUGGGCUUCAUUGUUUAUAAAAUUGGGAGUGCUGAUAAAAGAAGUAAAGCCUUGAAAGCUCCCAGUCCUGCACCUGCUCAUGGUCACCAUUAA